CGCGCCGCGCCCGGCCCGUCCCGCCCUUGCUGGCGGUCUGCGCGCGCUGUGGCGGUCAGCCUUUGGGCCCCGUGGCCAUGCCCAAGCGGAGCUGCCCGUUCGGCGACGCUGCCCCGCUGCAGCUCAAAGUCCGCGUGGGCCCGAGAGAGCUGGGCCGUGGCGUCUUUGCCGAGCACUACGCGCGCGAGGUGUUCGAAAGGACCAAGCAGCUCCUUUUCCAGGGGGCCCAGGCCUGCAGCGAUCACAUGUGGGGCGAAGGCUGUGCCAUGGUCCACCUGCCAGAGUCCCCGAGGCCUGGGCCUACAGGGACCCCUGGAGCUACAAGGGGACAGAUGUUGAUUGGACCUGAUGGGCGACUGAUGAGGAGCCAAGCCCAGGUCUCAGAAGCUGACCUGCCCAGGGCACCCAUUGCCUGCUCCUCAUGUGUGCGAUCUGUGGAUGGGAAGGCAGUUUGCAGCCAGUGUGAACGGGCCCUUUGUGGACAGUGCAUAUACACCUGUUGGGGCUGCGGUGCUGUGGCCUGCAUGCUGUGUGGCCUUGCUGACUACACGGAUGUUUGUGAGAAGACUCUGUGCAACAGCUGCGCUAUAUUUGAAGCCUGAGUGGUCGUGGAUGGCAGUGGCCCCUGGAUGGCACAAUAUGUUCACACUGCAGAGGGAGGGAGUGGCUUUUAUACAUUGUUUUGUACCCCAGCAACUGAAGCGAAUAAAUCCCUUUAUAUUUGCA